GCAACAUGUAAACAAUGGUGUAUUUUUGGACCAAUGAAAUCAUUAUGACCUAUUCAGUGCUGACAGAUUUUAUCGGAAGUGCCCUCUACAGCAGACGCUCUUUUUGUUUACACUACCAAGAUAGCUCAUUGAAGAGUGAAAUCUAUAUUAUUAUUCUCUCGCAGGAACGGAAAUAUAUUUUAGUUUUAGACUUCUUAUAGAGUAAUGAAACUUAUUUUCCCUUUCCUUUAGCUUAUAAGUUUUCUGACAUUUGUCAUGGAACCACAGUACAUAUACGGUGACGACGGAAUACCGGUUCUUGUUGAUGAUUCAUCGAAUCCUUCGUCUCCAGUAUCCUCAAAACCACCCAAAGUUAAAAAGGGCAAAAAGGGAAAAUCAUCUGAUGGUGCACAGCGCAAACCAAAAGGUCCGAAAUAUGAAGAAGACUCAAAAGCAGUGUUUACCAUUGAUUCAGAGGGAUAUGACGUGACGCUUUCUGAAAGCAGAGGGAAGAUUAUUUGGGCGAACAUGAAUGCAUUAGGAAGACGAAAAAAAUCAGGAAAACUGUCUGGUAUUUUCCGAGGAAGGAGGCCCUCUUUAUCAGAGGAUACUGUGUCAGAUGGGCUAGCACUGGAUUCCUUAUUCGGUGCUCAAGUCAGGCGCAGGCAGAAACCUGGUGAGAAAGAAGAGGAUGGAACGUGCCUGGGAUUGGUUCUUAGUACGUCCGAGCGAAAGGAUGCCAAUACUCUACGAGAGAAGACGAUAUUCAUGGAACAUCCAAGCUCUGAUCUCUGCACAGAAUGGAAAAACAGAAUUAUGAAUUAUAUACGAUCUGUGCAUCAAAGACCUUCAAUAGUAAAGUUGUUUCUGCAACCAUAUGCAGGAAGUAAGACUGGAAGAAAUGUGUUUACCAGGACUAUCCUGCCCAUAUUCCAGGCUGCUGGAGUUAGCGUUGACCUUUCAGAGGUUGCGCAUAAUGAAUUUGUGAAGCAAGACCUGGCUCACAUGAACAUGGAAGACUAUGACUGUAUCAUUUGUAUGGGUGGUGAUGGGACAGUGAACCAGCUGGUGGAUAGCAUGAUGAACAAGUCUCAGAAAGACAAGGAUGUAGACAUGAAGAAACACCCACAACCAGCCAGAUGUUCUGUUCCCCUUGGCAUUAUCCCUACAGGACGGACCAACAAUGUGGCUCAGUCUGUUAUGGGUGUGGCUGACCCUGUCACUGCUGCUAUUCACAUUGUACAUGGUAACUUCCUUCCUGUGGACAUAUGUUCCAUCUCCACUCCCGAGAAGUUUCUAUGCUGGGGCUUCAAUUGUCAGUAUGGCUUUGCUGGUCAGGUCCUCUCAUUCAUGAGACGCUACAAAGCACUGGGUUCCAAACGGAUAGAUGCAGCAUUCAUCAAGGCUCUGACAAAAGCAAAGCUCAGAGCAUAUGAAUGUGACAUUGAGUACAUCAUGGCAGAGUCAAAUUCAGCCUCAAAAGACACAACAUGCAGAACCGGGUGCAAAGUUUGUCAAGUGCCGGACAAGGAGAAUGAGAGCGACGCUGUUGUGUCUGACCUAGUCCAGGAACUUGACCCACUUAACGAGUCUUUCACAAGCAAUGCCAGUUCUGUCAUUGACCUGCCUCAAGACAGUCCGUGGCGAUCUCUCAAGGGAAAGUUUAUGAAUGUUGGUUUGUUUGCCAUACCGGGUCUCUGUGACGUUGCACCUCAGGGUCUGCACAGAUACUCCCAUCUCUGUAGUGGAAUGAUUGAUCUGGUGCUGGUCAAAGAGACAGAGAGGAAAGAAUAUGUCCGACACCUCAGGAGACAUGGCAAUAUGAAAGAUCCGUUUGAUUUCCCCUUCAUUGAGCGCCACAAAAUCAAAGAGCUUCGCUUCCGGCCACGAUUCCCAAUGAGCUGGAAUUACAAUGAUCAUGACUUCAGUGAAAUCAAGUAUCAGAUGGAAAGGGUAGAGUCUAAAGCCACAACACACAAGUCAAUGGAGGUCAUCGCUGACAUGGACAGUGAUGAUGAUGAUGAUGAUAUACAGAGGGCUCAGAGUAUCUGCACGCUGGACAUGUCUGAUGAUGAUGAGGAUGAUAAUGAUGAGAGGAAGGAGAAUGGUGGACAGACUCCACAACAACCCAGACUGGUGGGCCCACAGUACCGUAAAACUUUCUAUGAGAUGGAGACUGCUCGAAGAAAGGAAAUUGCUCGGAAAAAGGAGGAAAAGCAAAAAGCAAGAAUGGAAGAGAAAAUGGUAGCCAUCUGGAACAUAGACAACCAGAUGGUGAAAAGUAGAGAACUAGACAUCAGAGUUCAUCAAGGCCUGAUCAGCAUCUGUGGCCGGGGUGUGUCACCGCACACAGAGUACAGUGAUGUUAGGCACGGUUGUCUUUCUAGCAUGUAGACAGACCCACAGCUCAGCUGCAGAUCCAGAAGUUGCCAUACUGUCAUUGUUAUUUGUCCUCCUAGUAUCAGCUCAUUGCUGGCAGGCCAGUGGUCACUGAAACUAACAACAGUAUUCAUCAGUUUACCUGAUUACUUACUUGAUUCUUUUUAUUUUUAUUUUAUUUGGUAAGUGUUUUACGGCGCUCGCAACUGAACAAGGUC